AUGGACAGGCAAACUAAUUCUGGAGCAUUUCUUCACGUCGGGGAAACAAAGAAUCAACAGUAAAUGAAAAAAGUCUGUGAACCAGAAGCAAAGAGGACACUUGAAAAAGGCCUGAAGUGUUUCUGUCCGAGACUGGAUUUACCAUAGAAGAUCAACAUGUGGUCUGCAAUCUUUCACUUCAUUUGGAAGUUAAUGGAGCGACCUGAUGCACUGUGAUCAUGGUCCAAAGCAAAUGGAUGAUUUUACCAUCCUGGCAUAUGUAGACUUUUUUUUACUGCAAUCUCGUUAUUACAUCUGCAUUUGUCAAAAAUUUUUUAUAUAAAAUAAAAAAGACUCUAAAAGGCAGGUUUUGAGCUCCAUCGGGUCACUAUGAGCAGCAAAAAUCCUGAAGAUUUGUUACACCAAUAUGGGAAUAUAAACCAACAGGAACAACAGAGCAACCAUAAAGGAACACACAUAGACAAUAAUUUCUCCCAGGAUGCAGAUAAACUGCCCAACGGUACUGGAAUUAGACAGCUCGACAUUGAGCUAGGCAUUGCUAAGGAGGAGACCAUUCCAGAACCUCUUCAAGCAUCAUUUAGAACAGCCAAUACGACCCCAAACGGCUUCACACUACCAUCAGUUCCUGAAGGAGCGGAUACGAUCAGCAACGGAGGGAACUGCUUAUGGUCUCGCAGAACUGAUCAUGAUUGUCCAGAAGCUCGGCCACAGGUCAGAGGAGUCCCCGAGCGUCAGAGUGCGAGAAUUCGGAGCAAUGCUUCAAGAGGGUUGAGUGGCUGUUACCAGGCAGUGCGGCUAGGAUUUCUGCAGUGCCUCGAGGACACCCCGUUUGUGGUACCAGGCCUGGUAUUGACCAUCUUCUUUUGUGUGACUCUCAUCGUCGUCAUCGCUGCUACCGGCAGAUAUGCUAGUGGUCAUGUAGGAGCAUUAGCAGUGGUGUGUGUCAUGCUCUGUCUUUGCGUCCCGCUGUUGGUGUGUUUGCCGUGCCUGCCCACCUUGCGCAGGUGUGAACAGAUGCUCGCGCUCUCCAUCUGGUUCACGCUAUUCAUCACUGCCAUUGUCUUCAUCUUCACCGACAAAGUCGUCACAGCAUGGGAACAAGUGCCAUUUUUCCUCUUUCUCUCGCUAUCUGUAUACACAAUCUUGCCUCUUACUAUCUGGUGGGCUUUGAUCUUUGGUAUCGGAGCCAGCGUGUGUCACAUCAUCAUUGUCAGCGUCAUUGUGUCUGUCAGCAGUCCUAGGCUACGUGACGUGGCAGUGCAGCUGGUCGCAAAUGCAGUGCUAUUUGUGUGUAUAAACGGUGUGGGACUUUUUCAUCUGUGGCUUACUGAGAACGCGCGGAGAAAGUCCACCAUGAGCCGAGAAACCUUUAGCUACAACCGUGCCAAACGAGCCACACAGAAGCGUGAUCAGGAACACCUCCUCCUGUCUGUGCUGCCACUAUACAUUGCCAUUGAGCUUAAAGGGGAGGUUGUCAAAGGCCUGAAAAAGACGUUUGAAGGUAUCAACAAUAAGCCAAACUUCCACAAUUUGUACGUCAAGCAGCACAGAAAUGUCAGCAUUCUGUAUGCAGACAUAGUAGGUUUCACCAGCCUUGCCAGCACCUGCACUCCUGAAGAACUUGUCGUCGUCCUCAACAAACUAUUUGGGAAGUUUGAUGACAUUGCCAAGAAAAAUGGGUGUCUGCGUAUCAAGAUCCUGGGUGACUGCUACUACUGCGUUUCAGGCCUUCCAGAUCCGAUCCCUCACCACGCGCGCAACUGUGUACAGAUGGGACUGGAUAUGUGCACAGCCAUAAAUAAGCUAAGGGAGGCGACAAGUGUGGACAUUAGCAUGAGAGUUGGCGUGCACUCAGGAAAUGUGCUCUGUGGGGUAAUUGGCUCACUCAAGUGGCAGUAUGACGUCUGGUCAAAUGAUGUAACUCUAGCCAAUCGCAUGGAGUCUGGAGGUGUUCCGGGGAGGGUUCACAUUACAGAAGAGACCCUUGGAAAUUUAGGUGGGGCAUUUCAAGUCGAGGAGGGGAAUGGAGCCAGUCGGGAUUCUGCUUUAGAGAGCAGGAAGACAUACCUAGUGAUUGACCCUAAUCCAAAGAACAGCGCUGACACAAAACCAAAGCCCAUCUCCCUGACACCAGAUAAUAAACCAAAGCAGAGGGCUUCGGUGAGAAUGUCUCAGUAUCUCGAGUCCUGGAAAAGCAUCAAACCCUUUUCAGAGCUCAACCAAACAGAAGACUCGAUCGCUGCCCCACUAAGCCCAUCAAGUUACUUCAGUCAGCCAAUGGGGAACACGGAAACAUUAAGCCAUCAGCCAUACAUUUUCCACCCAAAAAGCAGGCGUUCACUUGUGUCAGAAAAUGGGUCAUUGACGUCAUUGGACACGCUAAAUGCGUCAGGAUCAAAAACGAAGAAACUCAACUGGUUGACGCUGCUUUUCAAUGAUAUAAAUAUGGAGAAGCAGUAUAGCCUGUGUGAGAUGAAGAAGAUCCAUCAGUCUGCCAUCUGUCUGGCUUUUAUCUUCACUGCCAUAUUCGUUGUACAGAUGCUUACCUCGGAAAAAAAUGUCCGUGUUGCGAUAACAUAUGGAGUCACCUUUCCUGUUCUGUUGCUGAUCGUGCUGGUGAUCAGCAUUGGAUUCCUAAAGCAAUGGAACUCUAAGGUCCCACCCAGUAUGCACUGGAUGUCAUUUCUUCAAUUUGGGUUGGCCAUCAAGACAGUGAUAAGACUACUUCUGGUUUUCGUCUGUCUCAUCAUCACACUACUCAUGGCCUUCCUGAACCUAGUCUUUAUUCCAGGUGAUAACUGCCUGGACUCCAACAACAACGUCACUGAACUGGAUGAGUUAAAGCUCUAUUCAUUACCGUAUUAUCUGCAUUGCUGUUUAUUGGCGAUGCUUGGGGUGGUGGUGUUUGUACGAGUGUGUUUUUCCGUUAAACUCCUUCUCCUCACACUCGCACUAGUUGUCUACCUUGCUCUCUUCCUCUACGUGUAUGCACCACGUUCAGACUGCUACAUGCUCCAACUCUACAACGGUUCCAUCAAACCUGGAGUUCUACAGGAGCCCAAGAUCAUGUCAGGCAUUUGGCUCUGCAUUUUUUACUUCACUUCGUUAAUUCUUGCCCGACAGGACGAGCUGGCCUGUCGAGUCGAAUUCCUCCUCGAGAAAUGUUUUGAGAAAGAGCGUGAGGAGAUGGAGACGACAGAAAACGUCAACAAGCUCCUCCUUCAAAAUCUGCUGCCUAGCCAUGUUACCAACUUCUUUAUGGGCAAAAAUGUCACCAAUCAGGACUUGUACAGUCAGUCUUGUGAAGCUGUGUGCGUGAUGUUUGCCUCGGUGCCUGAGUUUAAGGAAUUCUACACAGAGAGUAAUGAAAAUGGAGACGGCCUGGAGUGUCUGAGAUUCCUUAAUGAAAUCAUCACGGAUUUUGAUGAGCUCCUCUGUAAACCCAAAUUCAAUACAGUUGAGAAAAUUAAGACUAUUGGUACCACGUACAUGGCUGCUGCUGGACUGAUCAUUCCCACCGCAGGAGAGGAGAGAAAGGACAAUGAUGCGUGCAAAAAUAAUGUGCGGUGUAUGGUGGACUUCGCUAUAGCUUUGAUGGGAAGACUGGAAAACAUCAACAGACACUCUUUCAACGAUUUCAAACUCAGAAUAGGUAUAAACCAUGGCCCUGUUAUUGCUGGGGUAAUCGGAGCCCAUAAACCUCAGUAUGAUAUCUGGGGCAAUGCUGUGAAUGUAGCCAGCAGAAUGGACAGCACUGGUGUACUGAAUAAAAUACAGGUUACUGAAGAAACAGCGCAGGUUGCUGAGAGCAUAGGCUUCACGGUGACCGAAAGGGGCAUUAUUAAUGUGAAAGGCAAAGGACAGCUUACCACUUACUUCAUCAACACCGAGCCAUCAACGCAAAACCCAUAAUUCAUAAUGAGGAUACAGUACAUACACUGAACUGUAUGAUAUCUCGCUAAAGACUGCCUUGUUAGUUAUGUAGUUAUCUCUGUAUCAGAAGACUUUUUUUUUGCAAUAGGAAAUGAGUAAUAAGUGAGAAAAAAGUUCAGACAGAAAUAUCGCAACAGUAACUCACUUUGUCUUCCAGUAAAAAAAAAAACUUAAAAUUUAAUUACAUUCCUACAAUGAAGGAAGAAUAAGAAUAUCCUGUACAGCCAAUGCAGCACUUGAAUGUUUACAAACAUGUUUGCCAAAUGCACUUCUGUGAUAUUAGAAUAUGCAAUUUGCAAUAGGAUUUCAGUACUGUCUUUGUUUAAAAUAUUUAUUUAUUAAAGACUGAUGUUCUU